UGCGAGCGGCACCGGGGAGGGAGCGGUGCGAGCGGAACCGGGCCGGGGCGGCGGGUGCGGCGGGUGCGGCCAUGUCUUUCUGCUCGUUCUUCGGGGGAGAGGUCUUCAAGGAUCACUUCAAACCGGGCAUCUACGUCUGUGCCAAGUGUGGCCAUGAGCUGUUCUCCAGCCGUUCCAAGUAUGAGCACUCCUCCCCGUGGCCAGCGUUCACCGACACCAUCCACCCGGACAGCGUGGCCAAGCGCCCGGACCGGCCCGGGGCUCUAAAGGUGACUUGUGGCAAGUGUGGCAAUGGCCUUGGCCAUGAGUUCCUCAACGAUGGGCCCCAGAGGGGGCAAUCCCGCUUCUGAAUAUUCAGCAGCUCGCUGAAGUUCAUCCCAAAAGGCAAAGCAGACACGGACCUGAAGGAGAAGUAAGCGAGCUGCUUGACUCGGCACACUGCCCUUGGCCUCAUCCUGCCUUCACACCUUGGGGUGCAGCAUCUCUGGUCAAAGGGGCAUCAGGAGCAAGAGAUACCCCAAAGAAGCUCCUGGUUUCCCUGAGCUGGUUCCCUCUCAGGGCUGCUCUGGUUUGGGAUGCUGGGAGGAGGACAGGGUAGGUGAGAGGCAAACAGCGGUGCUGAAGCUGUGUGCCUGCUGCCUGGGGGGUCGUGUGACCUAUGCCUGCGGGUGUCUCACCCACCCUCACCCCCUCCCCAACCAUCUCUUCUCCCCAGCAUCCUCCUGCUGGGACCAGCUGCUCCUGAGCUGGAUUUGACCUUUAAAAGCAGCUGCUGUGCCUGUGGCCCUGCCUCUGCUGAGCUCUGAGGGGGUUUUGCCGCUGACUUCAGCCGAGGCAGGACACUCUCCAGACGACAGCCAGGAGAGGGCGGUUCUGGCACGGCGCUGAUGCCAUCCAGAGUCACUCCACUGGCAUUUCCAGGGAGCAGUGCUGGAUUAGCUGAAGUCAAAGGCUGGGUUAAUCUCUGGAGCUAUUCUGGGCUCAUGGUAUGAAUUGUCCUACAUAAACCCUGCCAGGGUGCUAGGGCGACGAUGAUGUUAUGACCCUGUUAGGCAGCGUCCAGGAAUUUUCCCUCUCUGCCCAUCUCUGCACGCAGUAGACACGGUUCUGGAUUUCCCUCCAGGCUUCAUUCUGACUUGGCCUUGCACCAGAUUUAUCACUGUGCUGUAAAUCCAGUGGCACUGAUGGUUCCUCCUUGCUCUGGUCUGGUGCAGGCAUGGUCAGCAUCAGGCCCGUGGGCUGCACUUUGCACAACUCACAGACUUCAGGAAUCACUUCUGCGUUCCCUCCGUGCUCCUAAGGGUUCUGACACUGAUUUACCCUCACUUCACCACCUGAUCCAUGGCCUUCCCUCUGUCCCACAAACCAAAUCCUCCUCCAAAUCAACCCACAGGGGUUUUUGAUGAUGAUAUCUCUGGUACAAGACAGGGAAGGGGUGGGUAAAGCUGUGCUGCUGGUGGAGGCUUUUCUCCAUGUGCAUUUUUGCCUCAACCCCACCAAUUACAAGGACACCAACCAAAAGUGCCAUGCACCAGCUGGUUACCUGGAGCUCACUGCUGGUCUGGUACCACUUCCAAUGCUGAAAAUAAAGCACUGAUUCACUGUGCUGAAGAA